UUGUGACUCUAGCAGUAGCAAACCGUCUUGUUUUUACGCAGAAGCUAAGUACCUCCUCCACAACAGCGUCGCUUCGGCUUUGAAAAAUGUAGCCAAACUUGAACGCGCGUGCUCAGACAAGACACUUUUGACAAAGCAAACAUGGCGGGUGACAAGGAUCCUCUGAGCCGGCUGAUGGACCUGGCCGAGCUGAAGGACCAGCUGGAUGACCUUCAGAAGCGCAUGGAGGACGAGGUGCAGGCCGGAAUCCCUCAGGGGGGCAGUGUGCUGGCCUCUCCCUUCUUGAAGGGCUUUGUUGCGGGGUACCUUGUGGCCAGGUUCCGCUCUUCUGCUGUUUUUGGGGUGAUCGUGGGGACCUGCACUGGCAUCUAUGCUGCGCAGAACUACAAGGUCCCCAACAUCGAGAGGACCUUCAAAGACUACUUUCAGAGAAGGUCCAAGUAAAGCAGGAAGAGAGUUCCAUUCCAUCUCCAGGAAGGACAACCAUCAUCUUUCUUCACAUAAUGCCAAAGUGAACUAUUUUUUCGUCCUGUUUAUACUGGAAUAAUUUUUUAAUAUUCCGUAUUAAAGUAUUUGAGUAGAAUAAUGUGGGUAUUUGGGAUGUGGUGCAUAAGGAAAAUUUGGGUCCAUUUCAGGGGUCUAAGCAUUAAUCUCAGUGAAGGUGUGAUGUGCUUUCCUCAGCAUGGGGACCCAGUUCCCCCCCCCCCCACCCC